CCCCACGUGUUUGGGGGUGGGAGGUAGCGUAGCCAAAUUCAAACGGAGACAAAGCCGCGUGAUUGGUCGGGCCGGGAGAGAGUUAACGGCGGAGGAGAAGCUGCUCUUUUACAAAUACAGAGCAACAUGUCAACUGUCUCCACUGCCACCGGGGUGAAGUCUCGGCAACCCCUGUCAUAUGCUGAGCAAAGGCGCCAGAAGUUAGAAGAGUAUCUGCAGAGAAAGAAGUCUGCUAACAACGUGGCGAUCCGAGCCCGGAGCCGUUUGGAGAGCAGGGUAUACUUGAGAGACAAGACAAACAUUGAGAAACUUCAAGCUUCUACAUGGCAGACAGAAGGAAUGGUGUUCGGAGGCAAGAUUGAAUCAAAAAAAAGUAUUCAAAAUAAGCCUGUGCAAAUCACUCAACCUGAGGAACACCUAUUAGCUGACCAAGAGAACAAUUUGGAAGUAGAACAAAAAUUGAAAGGAAAUAUCACUGUAGCUGUUAACAAAAGCAAAACUGCCCAAAGCACAGAUUCAAAGAUGCUACAUUUUGGCCAAAAGUACAAUUCUAAUGUAGAACAAAAAUCAAAAUUAAAAAGACAUCCAAAAGUCCAGAAGGUCACACUCAGCCAGUCUUUUCUUGCAGUCAAAAAUGAGCAGGCCAAAUUAAUGAUUGAUGAAAAGAACAAUCAAUCAAAGCUGCCUAAUACUACUUUUAAGAAGCCCAUAUUAGGCUCAUUUCGUGGUAAGAUUGUAGAAUCUAAGAUUCAGUCCUUUAGAUCAGGUACUCCGCAAAAGGAGAAGAAACAAGAGAAAACUGAUCUGGUAACACAUACUUCUACAGAAAUGCACAAAAUAGAAUCUAAAGGCAUAAUGCACAAGCCUAGACCAAAGGGAGUGGAAAACAGGCAUCCUGUUAGGAGGGCAAUGAAUGUCACCUCUCAUAGUAAACAAAAGAGUUUGACUGCAGCAACUGGCCUCCUUACUGCAAGCAGUCAGAAAACACUUGUAACUGAUGUGCUAGACCUAAAAAUAGAUGUUGCACAAUCAGGCUGUGAUGACACUGUAGUAGUAGCAACUCAAACAAUCCGUGCAAAGAAAACUACUGUGCCAAUCCAACACACUUCCAACAGUGUAUCUGCAAGACACCCAUCAUGGAAUUUUUCAAAAGCCAUUGGUAACCUAAAACCGAAAGUGCCUAUUGAAGGGAAGAGUGGAGCACAGCUAACACAGUCGAUAGUGUCAAAGGGGAAAUUAGUAAAAAGGCCAACGAUGACAUCAUUGCAAAGAAAGAAAGUUGUGGAAUCACAUUGGACAGCAACUGUUGAGGAGGAAAAUCGAAGUGAAUUUGUGGAAAAAAUCAACCAGACCCUUUCCCAAUAUCUGAAGCAGAUUAAUGAGGGUUAUCCAAGUGAAGAUUGUUUACAAUCUCUUCAAACUUUGAUUGAGAGUGUUCCAAAAGCCAAAAAAUUUGCAAGAUAUUGGAUCUGUCUUGCACAGCUUGAACAACGCAAAGGAUCGAUGCAUAAUAUCAUGGCUAUUUAUGAACAAGCCAUCCAGAUAGGGGCACAGCCUGCAGAUGAAUUACGCAUUACAUUUGUAGAUAUUUUGAAAAACACCAAGACUCCUAAAAAACCACAUGUUGCAAUGAACAAAACUGAGGAUGGAGCACAGAAAGAUCCAAAGUUGGAACUCUUGUGUGUGACUGAACAGAGUGUUUCUGAAAAGAACGAAGUGGAUCUGGCUGAUACUGAGCAGAGGCCUUCUAUAGAGAAGAGUGUGGAGUGCAUGAAUGAUAAACUGGAUGUCCCUCCAGAGAAUCAUGAAAUGUGUAUUGCUGCAACUGAUCACAAUGUUUCCAGAGAAAAUGAAGGAGACCCCUUGUUUACUGAACAGCAAGUUUCCUGUAAUGGAAAAGCAGACCUCUCAGGUGAACAGCAACUUUAUGCAAAGGAAGAAGUGGAGCCCACAUCAAAAGAACUGCAUUCUCCUUCUGUGGAGUGUGUGGUGGAUGAAGCUGCUGGUAAAGAGGAUUGUGAGGUGGAAGAUGUAACAACAGUUGACCAGAUGAAGACCCCAUUGAAACAAAUACUGACACAGAGUAAAACACAAAAUAGAGGAUCAUCUGUUAAGUAUAGUGUGAGUGUAACCCCUAGGAAUAAAUGUGAUAAAGAUGUGGUUCAGAUGGAAAACAGAAACUCUGCAAUCAAAGAGUUGAACUUUCUGACGCCUGUGCGCCGUUCACGACGUAUUGAACAGGCAUCUUCCCAAAUGCCACUAAUGUUGCAGGACCACAAUCCCUGUGUGUCUUCACUGGAGGAUCUAAACAAUUUGAGAGGCGUAUCUAUUGCCUACUCAUUCAAGAGGAAUAAUGCAUUACAAGAAUGGACUAAUAAUUUCAAAUGAAUAUGGAUUAUCUUAUAAUUGUAUGCACCUUAUGUCCCAAAGCAUCCAUUUAGUCCAAUGCAGUACAGUCUGCUUUGCAUAAUUGUUUCCUUUUCAUUUCUAAACAGUGAUGUCCUGCAUUUUAUACUGCCUUUUAACAUAACAAAGCUAUAGAAAAUUUAGUGCUUAAUCUUGUUUUUAAAGUGCUUUGUCAUGCUGUAGUAUGACAAAGGCCUAAGAAAAUGAUGGAUAAAAAUGAGAAUGUUUUUAAAACUCCCAAGUUUGAUUUCUCCCAAGUCCAUUAGAGCUGAAUACUAUGGCUAUCCUUGUCUUCUAGUUGAAACUAACUUUUCUCUCCAGUAUUUUUAAAAGAUUUCCUUUUUUUGAUGAAGCAAAGUGCUGUAGGCACUGAAUGUGAAAUAAAAAUAAAUGCAGCUUGUUGAGCAUCAUCUGUGCACAGAAAAUAGCUAACAUUUCAGGCCAGUGCGUUUUUAUUAGAACUGGGAAUAGUUAGAGAUGUAAUCAAUUAUUUGAGCAAUGGAUAAAUAUGCCAUGUUGUUUUCUUGCUUUACUUGUUUAAGUUUUCAUUUGAGUUAGCAGCAUAACUGCUCCAGGUCCAUCUUGUUUUGUUUCUUGCAUCCAUUCCACUCCCUCUGGACCUAGAGGAAUAACCUUCUUGGCCCUUCAUUCUCUCCUGUCGUCCAUUCUUUUACAGCAUUUUUUAAAAAAAACAUUCUUGUCUCUCUUCCCUUGCUCAAAAGCUGCUACAUUGCUAAUAUUUCCCAGUUCUGAUGAAAAGUUACUGCCCUGAAAUGUUUACUCAUUUGCCUCUCUGCAUGGAUAUUGUCUAACUGCUGAACUUUCUCCCACCAUUUGUUUGUUUUUUCUUUUAAUGGCUGACAAUAUGCAAGAGUGACCUAUUUUUCUCACCCCAACAAAGUUUCAGCAAAUUUAAGUGUUUGAUUCUUUAGUUAUUAAUGUUUGAUAUGCACAUUUGUAAUCUUGUUUUUUAAAAGAAAAAAUCCACUAUGAUUGGAAGACAGUGGCAGACACAACGUAUGUAUAAUAAAGCUAUUAAUUUAAUACUUUGACUAAGUUAUCUCAGUCCUGGAAUUUAAGUUUGAGCAAACACUAAUUGAAUAAAACAUCUCUUUUCUCGUAAAGGGAAAAAAAAACUAGUGUGAAGUAUUGUUUCUGUUUUAAAAGUAGUCUUUUUUUUCUUGUGACAUAAUGUGGUAAUUUUUAACAUGCUUGCAAUAAGUAUAAACUAUAU